UGCGCCCAUGUGCACCACCAACCAAAACACAACAUUUAAUUGCGGGUGCUCUGCUGAUCAGCUGAGCGGCUUUUGAAUGUUUCCUGAGCGGCUGCACAAGCACCUAGUUUAUAGUGAACACUGGUCAGGCAUGGCUGCAUUAGGGGUUUGAUCUGGUAUAUCCUCUGGUGACGAAAAUCCCACAACAUUUCCCCUCUAGGCAUGGCAUUUUCAUCACUGAACCGCCCUCUGCUGGCCCGUCAAGCUUACAGAGCCUCUUGCCUCUCCCAAGAGAGCCCCUCACGCAGCCUUUUUUUCUUUUGUCUUUGCAGCACACCUGCAUUGCUUCAGCCACGGCAAUGAAUGGCCAGACUAUCCCUGCAAACACUCCGGGGCCUCCCCAGGGCUGGAAUGAGUUCUGUGAGCUGCAUGCCAUCACCACAGCCAAGGAGCUUGCCAAGAAGUACCUGCUGUUUGCCACUGAGAACCCCCACCAUGACCUCCGGGCAGCUGAGAACUUCUCAGUGCAGUUCACAGAACUCUUCCAGCAGUACUUCUGCCACGAGGUGAAGGAAGGCUUUGCCAUGAACCCGGUCAGGGUCCUGCCCUUCAGCAGGGUGCAGGACUAUCGGGAGACCAGCAAGAGGCGCUCGGGCUCUUCUUCCGGGACGGUGGCGGCCAAGGUGGAGCUGACCAAG